AACUGGAAGCCGAACAUUCAUUUAAAAAUGAAUGUUCGGCUUUCAGUUUAUUAUUCACGGAAGUUGAAUAUCGAAAGUCCUCAGGCUGCCCAUAAGCCGUCCACAAGAAGAGAGAGACUGGGAUCGAGAUGGCGAGGCUACCAAGCUUUAUAGAACUAUCACGGGGUCGGACUCGCAAGGAAUUGGAACGUAUACAUGGUAUAGAUUGAUCGGAAAACUCGUUCGCUUUCAGUGUGUUAGAAGUCUUCGAAGAUGCAGCUCUUCCGUUCUUUCAGACUUGUCAUGGUGCUAACGAUUUUUACAGGUGAAGUAAUGGCGAAAGUUAUGUUGUUUCGAGGAAACAUCUUCACAGCCACAAACACCUUCACUUUACCAGAAGGUACAUCAAACUGCAGUCAGGAGAUUAACAUUUUUUCUAACCUGACUGGCAACUUGCCUCAACGGCUAACUUCUUGUCCUGAUUCAAAGUUAUGGACAACUGAUAUUAGUACUGGAAUAACAAACUCUGAAACAAAGAGGAACUUUGGUUUAGAACAUGUCUCCUUGAACUGCAGCCGCUGGAGUAUUUCUGGCUAUAAUGACCAGAUUGAAUAUCAGACCAGUUUGCAAAUUUCUGCACUUAUGGCUGAUCCUGGCCCACCAUUUGAUGAGAUAUACUUCAUAAUAAUAUGUUCAUGUAUGGACUGCAGUGGGUUCAACAUCAGGCACGAUGCGGCCUAUCUCGUAAAAAGCACUUUAAUGAUGAGUAUCUAAACAACAGACAUGAAAAAACAGGCUGAGGUAAGUGCCUCCUCCAUCAGUUUGCCUGUUACUACUGAGAACUUGAAAACAAGCAAAAAGAGAAGGAAUCUCAUGUCUUGCUGCAGGAUAACAGUCCCUGGGGAGACUUCCACUUUAAAAAAAAGAACGGGGGUACUUUUUGGAAAUUUUGAAAAGAUCCCCUCAGAGGUACCAAGAUCCUGUUUUGCGGUCCUAAGAGGUAUCAUUUGUAAAACAACACAUUUUCCUAACUUUGAUAGUGAUAAAGACAAUCAUAAAGCUUCUAAUACCUUUUACUUGUAAAGUUGAUUGUCAAAAUUAAUACCUUCUGUCAUUUUUUUUUCCGGCUCAAUGCCCUUAAUUAAGGCAGCACAAAAGCUCCCGCUGUGCCCUUUUGACGCUGAACACCCUGAGAGGUACCAAAACCACUUUUUUAACCCUUUAAAGGUACAAUGAGCACCCCUGUCUUUUUUAAAUGGAAUUUCCUUCUUCCCCGGGGGUAACACCCACCCCAGCCAUCUGGAAAUUUGCACAUGAUAUGUCAUGCAGUUAAGUUUAAUACUUUCCCCCUACCCACUGGAAUUUCAAAUAACCUUCUGUGAGAUGGCUUAUGGUUAUUGCUUGGAACCACUCAUUCCAGAAGAUUCAAUACUCAGGACAUAUUUUGCCUUAAAUUACUUGACAGAGGCUGAGUCAAACAGGACUUCAUCAACUUGGAAACCCUCAACAGGUAAUGACUUCUCAUGUUUAAAUCGUUCAGUUUUUUAUACAGUUUUUAUUUCAGUUGUAAUCCCUAAUGCAAUGAAUCAUACAGCGCCUCCUUUAUAUUAGAAUUUUUUAUCAGCUGUAAUUUACGUUCAUUUGUUAUUUUAUUUACUCACCUCACUCACUCAUUUCAUUCGUUCAAACCAGUAUCACUCACUCCGAUCACCGUAAAAGAAGUUCAUUAUCAAAUUUUUAAACUUAAAUAUA